AUCUUAAAUUGCAGGUUUCUCAUUAAAUAUUUUUUGUUUUAUUUACGUCACCCCGCCCUCGCGAGGUGCAGGUCACGUGACUGAGGGCAGGCCCGGGCGGAGUUAUCGAGCGCACCCUCCCCUCUGAGCAGAGGAAACGGGGAUGCAGGCUAGCUCCGGUAACGGUAACGGUUUUAUUUAACCGUUUUAUUUUCUCCCGCAUAAAUGACCGUUAGCCCGCUGACGUCAGAAGCAGCCGAAGCCGACGGGAGCCGGUUGUCGCCGAGUGGCGGGAAGCCCCGUGUCCGCGUCGCUGUGUUGUUUAGGUUAGCCGACCGUGCUAGCUCUCGCUGCCUGCUUCUUUUAACGGUUCACCAGGAGUUUAUCCUCGGAGGACACCGACCACCACCGCCCGGUCAGAGCCGCGGUAAACCUCCACCGGCACCGCCUCUCCUGAUGGACGGAGGGGCGCCGCUGUGAGGGGGAACAAAGCGGGAGAAGCUGCGGAUGUAGUUAGCAUCAGGCCUGAAUACCAACACACUUCCACCCCUCCCUCCCUGCCUCCCCCCUCCGUCCGUCCCCCGCCCCCCCUCGCUGCCUCCGGACGACGGACCCGCUCCUCUCCCAUGAUCACGAUGGAGUCCGGCCUCAACCCGCUGCCUCAGUUCCCGGAGAACUCCUAUAAGAUGACUGAGGAGGACGUGAAGAGGCUGAUUGAGUUCAGGGCGUCCAACGAGGCUCUGUUCACUGGGAAGAGGAACUCAGCCAAGAUCGCAUGGAGCACCAUCCUGAAGGGUCUGGGUCUGGAGGGGAAGCUGACCGCCGACCAGAUCGCCAAGAAGUGGGACAACCUGCGGACAAAGUACAAGGACCUGAAGCAGCCGUACCAGGGCCAGGACAACCUGGGGGGCGUGGUGGAGUCGUGGCCUUGGUUCCACAUCAUGGACGAAGCGAUGCAGGGUCGUCUCUACAACAGCAACCUGGUGCUGAGCCCGGACACCGCCGCCAACGCCGGUCACCGCAGCAACAGCCAACCCAACCAGAACCAGGAGAACACGGACAUCCUGGAGUUCCUCAUCAAGACGGAGAUGGAGGACACGGUGUCGGCGGAGACGGCGGAGGACGACGGGACGGUUCAUGCCGAGGCUCCUCCUGCUGAGGGAGUCCCGAUGGGCUGGAGGAGGAUGAGCGAGUGCUCCUAUAAAAUGACUGAACCUGAAACAGAACGAAUGAUCAAACUCCGAGCUGCGAACGAGGCACUCUUCACCGGCAGGAAACACUCGGCCAAACCGGCCUGGAGAGCCAUUCUGUAUGAACUGGGUCUUCAGGGGAAGCUGACCACAGAUCAGUUAGCCAAGAAGUGGGACAACCUGAAGAGGAGAUAUAAGGAGCUGAAGUUUCCCGCCCGAGGCGUGGAGACGAACCCCAGCUCCUGGCCCUGGUUCUACCGGAUGAACGACGCCAUGGAGGGACGCUUUGCUGGCGCCGCGCCCAUCCUCACGCCCAUCGUGGAGGACGAGGACGAGGACUGUGAGCCGCUGUCGCCGACGCCCAAGAAACGAGCUCGCCGAAGCCGAGGGGGGAUGGCCGAGUUCCUGACAGGAGUCGGAGAUGGAUCUGCUGGUCGAUUGACAGAAGACGACACGAGGCGACUGAUCGAGUUACGAGCUGCCAACGAGUCUCUGUUCACCGGGAGGAGAAACACUGCGAAACCAGCCUGGAGGGGAAUAGUGAAGGAGAUGGGUCUGACAGGGAAGAUCACACCUGACCAGGUUGCUAAGAAGUGGGACAACCUGAAGACUAAAUUCAAGGACCUGAAGUUUCCUCCCCGGGGGAUGGAGAACCAGACGAACCCGGCCUCGUGGCCCUGGUUCCAGCUGAUGAGCGACGCUCUGGAGGGUCGUCUAGCGGGGAAAGCUCCCAGAGAGAGGAGCAGCGUGUCGGAGCUGGAGAGCAUGGUGGGGGGGGACAACGCCGAGGCCGAUGGGAACGUCACCUACAUCGACGCCAGCGGAGAGGAGUGUUCGACGCCCUCUGACCUCUCGUAUAAAAUGACGGACCAGGACACCAGGAGGAUGAUUAAACUCCGAGCUGCUAACGAAGCCUUGUUCACCGGGAGGAGGAACGCUGCCAAAGCUGCCUGGAAAGCCAUCCUGAAGGAGCUGGGGCUGCAGGGGAAAGUCUCGACCUACCAGAUGGCAAAGAAAUGGGACAAUCUGAAGAGGAGAUACAAGGACCUGAAGUAUCCUCCUGUAGGGAUGGAGAGCGUAGCGGAUGGCGCCUCCUCCUGGCCGUGGUUCCACCUGAUGAACGAAGCGAUGGAGGGCCGGCUGGCGAGCAGCGCCCCCCUCCUCACCCCCGUCACCCAGGACGACGACCAGCACCCUGACCCCGCCCCCAGACACAGGCCCCGCCCCGCCCCUCCUCCGCCCGCCUCCUCCUCCUCAGACUACGGGCAGGAGGCGUUCGGCGACGGCGCGGAUCAGAACCAGCGGAGCUCGGAGGCAUGCGACGGGCCGCUGGGAGGACUGGAGCGGGAGUGGGAGAUGGUGGAGAGGGAGCGGGCGGCGCUGGAGAGGGAGAGGGAGAUGGUGGAGAGAGACAGGGCGGCGGUGGAGAGGGAGCGGGCGGCGGUGCAGGCGGAGAGGCUGUGGUUGGAGAGGGAGCGGGCGGCGGUGGAGCGGGACAGAGCCAUGGUGGAGCAGGAGCGGGCGGCGCUGGGCAGAGAGAGGGAGGUGCUGGACCAGAGAGCCCUGAUGCUGAACUCUGUCGGACACUCCGGACACCUCAACGCCCUCAUGUAGGCCGUCAGGCUCUGGGGGCGUAGACGUCCCUGUAGAGACGGUGGAGGGCGGGGGGGUCUGGACCCUCCUGAGUCGAGGACCUCGACAGGCCUGGUUCACCACUGUGGAGAGCCACGUUUGGACCGUGGCUGCUGGUCUUCCACACGGAGCUGGUGACAGGACCGAGAACUGGGUCACUGGUCCUGGAGAUGUUACACCACCCGGGGGGGUCGGCCAUUUUAACAGGAGGGCUGCACAGCUCAUAGAUGAACUGUCAGAGACGUUCUGGUCUGAUCCUGAUGAUCAGCAUCAGGCUGAAUCAUCAGUGGAGGUGAAUUAACCAGGUGCAGCAGAGUGAAGGUGUUUUCCAUACAGGUCAUUUGCACAUCAGCUGUUGUUUCUGUUUCACACAGAAUGUGAAUAUUACACAGAGACAAAUAAAGAAGUGUCUGAGACUGUCUGAGGCUCUGGGUCAAAGGAUCCUGGUAGUCGGUCUCUGCAGGACCUCAAACUGUCCCACCACCAUCCUAAGUUCUGUCCUGACCGGCUGUGGUGGAGCGUGGGCGAGUAUUUAACUUUCUUUAUUAAAUCAGCUGCUGCUGCUCUGACAGUAACUGAUGACUCAGCUGUUUGUGUCUCUGGUUCCAGCAGAGUGAGACGUCGUCUCUGUAGUGAGGUGACCUACACUCACUACUGCACCUGAACGCAUCCAGAGCACUGAUGAUGCCUUCACUGCCACGCCUGUAGAUUAAUGAGCCGUUCUGUUGUCAGGUCGUAGGUUUGGAUUCAGAUUGUUCCUGCAGUCAGAGCUGAGACAGAGACACAGCUGAUUUGAAUGUGACGUUAGCUCCUGGUGUAUUUCCAUAUGUAAAACUGUUGCAGCUGAGCCUGGAUCAGACGUCUGUGGGUGGAGGUCCAGUCAGAUUAAACAGGUCAGAUUGGAGAUCAGCUGUCUGACAGGGAGGACUGAUCGACAUCAGAUAAACACCGGUGAGUAACUCCGACGCCUCAGUCCUCACCAGGUCAGAUAAGAAGAAUAAGAGCUUUCGCUCUGAGAGCAGCUGCUGCUCAUUCAGGGCUUUUCUCUGUCGAGGAUUAAAACAAAAAAAUCCUGUUGAGAUUAUUUUAACAGAUAUUCUGACAUGAGUCAGGAUUUUCUCCUCCUGUGAUCUCAGAAUAUUUCAGUUAGUUGUUGAGCUUCCAGUCGUUUCAGGCUGAAGAUCAAACUUUGGAGCAAAAUAUCACCAACAGACAAAACCAGCAGAGUCACUGAUGAUGAAAGAAUCAUUCGUUUAACUAAAACUGCACCAGUGUUAGUGUCUAUAGAGGAGAAGAUGAUAAUACACAGUCAGUAAAACAACACGUCCUUAUAAAUCACUUUAUUGAUUAUUGGUUGUUAGAACUGUGCAGCUCUGCCUGUUGAGGAACUCUGAUGUUUUAUUCGACUCUGGAGGUGUUAACACCAGUGUCACAGUAACAUGUAGACUAACUCAUCUGGGACGUCGACCACCAAGGACUGAAGAUUAAAACUCUGUUUCCCACACAGGAUUUAUUUACCUGCUGAUGUUUGAAAAUCACUUCCUGAAAAAUAUUCAGUCUGCUGCAUCAUGAACAGUUUAUCAUGUUUAACACGUUCCUGUCACUGAUAUGAACCCAGAGACAUGACGUCUGAUUUCUAUUUUCUCUUCUGUCAUUUUCAGGAGAUAGUAAUGAGAAUAAUAUUUAAAGUGUAGUACAGAACUUUUGUGUUUUAGGCUCUGAUUUAAAAACUAACUGAUCCACACCUGAGGAACCAGAUCCACCUGAACCUGAGCCUGAGCCUGAACCUGCAGGUCUAAGUUCUGUUAAAGGAGUUUUUAUGUUGCAGAGACAGAAUAUUUUUGUGUUAAUCAGGUUAAUUGAUAAUGAAAACAGUCGUCAGCUGCAGCGACUUUCAGCUCCGUCUCUCAGUCUUCAGCAGUGGAUGGAGAUUUAAAAUAAGCUUCAUGAUGAUAACUGAGCCAUCGCCUCCAUCCAGUGAUGAAGACCAGGAGAUAUGGUUGAAAGUUCUCUGAAGCUUCUCAGAUCUGAAGAUUUCCUGCUUCUCUGUUUUACAUUAAACUAAAUCUCUCUCUGAAACUGUGGCGGACGCUGGUUGAUAUUUUUUAAAAUCUGAAUGAUUAACGGAGGAAAUAAUCAGCAGAUUGAUCAAUAAUCACGAGCUGCAGCCCUAAAUAAACUUCUCCUGUGGGAAACACUGAGUUUUGUUUGCGGUCCUGAAGAUGGACGCGCUCUCCUCAUCUUUAAGCCUUCACAGACUUUGGCUGAUCGCCUCUGAUUCGGAAGCACAGAUGCUUCUCUUUGAGUUCUGCUGGAAGCCUUAAGAACCGAGACUCUGAGCUGUUCAUUAACUCUUCCCUGUGAAUGCAAUAACUGUCCUCGUGUCCUCCAGACAAACUCUGAAUGUGUCUAAAAAACAUCCGAUCUGUUGGUUUGCAGCAUCCGUGUGAAACGUUCUGUCAUUUGGAAUCAGCAGUAUUUACAUUAUGUUGUUGCUAAACAGAGAUGAUUGUCUGCAGACUGGUCUUUAACCAAAGUUCAUCUGUUUGUUUGUAAGAUUUUUCAUGAAGGACCUGAUGACAUGUUCAUGUUGUAGCCUUCAAUAAAUGGACCAGAACCACUA